AUGAGACCACAGCUGAUUGUCCUGGUGGCCCUGUGCGUUGCAGCCAAUGGUCUGGCCCUCUAUGGAUCACCCGCUCUUUUACGAACCUAUCCAUACAUUUAUACGGCGACGGGAUCCUCGCUGGCCACGCCCACCCAACAGCAGUACCUCUCACAGGAUCAAUUGGGUCAGUAUGCCUAUGGCUAUGUGGAGCCUUUAUCCAGCAAACAGGAGUCACGUUCUAUUGACGGCAUCACUCGCGGGUCGUACAGCUAUCGCGAUGCCACCGGCCAGCUCCAGACCGUCGAUUACACAGCCGACGAGGCCGGUUUCCAUGUGGCCGCCACCAACUUGCCGCAACAAUUUCGCACUGAUACCGUCCAGGUUGCCGCCGCCCGCCAGAGCCAUUUGGCGGCUCAUGAGGAGGCUCGCCUGCGCCUGGCGUCGCAUCGGCACGAUCAGCACGUUCAGCCAAAUGUACGCCUUCUGGAGGUGCCUCAUCCCGUUGCCGACACUGCCGAGGUUGCCGCUGCCAAAUCCGUUCACCUGAAGCGCGUCGAGGCGGAGAAGCUGCGCAACGAGCUGCUCGGCCCCCACAGCUCCUACAUAGUGCCCAACGUCUACAGCUAUAGCAUUCCACGCUACUACACCUCCGGCUUCUACUACUGA